GUCACUCUGUCGCCAUCCUGGCGCCUCCGGUUGAUGGAUUGUAUACUUUCUCUUCAAGUACGACAGCAACUGGCGCUCUCCUCGACACAUUUCUGUCAGAGUUACAGCGUAGAGUUACAGAUGAAGUCUACAGAAGUGGACCAAGGGCUAUUCACAGACAGCUACUGCAGAGUCUGCAGUGCUCAGCUCAUCUCCGAGUCCCAGAGGGUCGCUCAUUAUGAGAGUCGAAAACAUGCCAAUAAAGUGCGACUGUAUUACAUGUUACAUCCUGUGGAUGGAGGGUGCCCUGCCAAGAAGCUCAGAACAGACAACGGCAGUGACGAAAGUGACGUGGACAAGAAUAAAUGUUGCACCCUGUGUAACAUGUCCUUCACAUCAGCAGUGGUUGCACAGUCACACUACCAGGGUAAAAUUCAUGCCAAGAGGCUAAAACUGCUACUUGGGGAAAAGCCUGCAAUCACAACCAAAGAGGCAUUGCCCAAUCCUACAAAGAGCUCUCCAGACACAUCUCCAAUAUCCUCCCCACGACACCGACGCGACUCAGAUCGCUACUGCCAACUAUGCAAUGCUUGGUUCAACAACCCAGGAAUGGCCCAACAACAUUACGAUGGUAAAAAACACAAGAAGAAUGCUGCCCGAGCAGACCUCCUUGAGCAACUGGGCAAGACUCUGGACAUGGGGGAUAUGAAAGGUCUGAAACGAAGCUAUACCUGUGAAGUCUGCAGCGUGACAUUGAACUCGGUGGCACAGUACCACGCACAUCUGCAAGGCUCAAAGCACCAAAACAAUCUGAAGAAUCAGAUCUGCGUCUAGUGAUCAAGAGACCAACCCACUCAACUGGAUUGAUGUCGGACAAGCUGUGGUCAGCUUGCCCUGCUUGUUUUCUGCCUCUUUUUGCAGACUCUCUUCAUUCCUUCAUCUGUCUUUCAUCAUGAGUUUGGCCUGGACUUGAAAAUGAAAGAUUUUUUUUUUUUUUGGGGGGGGGUGUUCUUUCUUCCUUGUAACACUGCAUUAGCUACUGUACGUAUAUCACCACAAAGAUGGAGGGUGGUGGCGACCAAAUUUUACAAAAAAGUGAAAAUGAUCUUUGCAUUAUCUGGCCACUUUUAUUGAACUAUUUAAGCUCUUCAAUUUUUCCUGCUAGUCAAACACAAUUAAAAUCAGUUGAUUGAUGGAUGAAUUUAAUUACGAUGUCCUGUUUGCAUUACAACAAUAUGCUCUACUACCUUAGACUUCUUGAUCAUGAACUACAUAUUUUCAGUUGUAAAUUAUACAUAAUUAUUUCAUGAUUUAUUUGUAUUAUUGUUGUCAUAUUUAUGAACUAUUUUUCAUGUUCACAAGAACAAGAACUUUGGAAUAAUUGUGUAAAUUGUGGUUGCGUUCUAUGCUUUUUAUGCAAGUCAAGGAAAAGUAAAGUUGUCCAGAGAUUAAUGGAAUUAAGGGUACUCUACCUAGUUUAAAACGAUACGAUCCAGAUUGGGGAAAAAAAAUAUGAAUGAUGCUCUACAAUAAAAAUAUUUAAGGAUAUAAUGUGUGUAGAUUCUGACCCAUCCCACACGAGUGCUCUUCAAUCAUUUUUGGAAACAGAGUUCCACUGUGAUUUGGUCAUACGAGACAUGGUCAGUGUCUGAAAUUAUGUUUGUACCAGCACUUUGUCUUUGGUUCAAAGUACACUAAUUUGCAUUACAUUCCAAAAGUGAUGCAAAAAUAACUAAGAAGGAGUUCACGCAUUCAGUGUUUCUGUGUGCCUGUGUUUGUGUUUUUUUUGUUUUGUUUUUUAAUAUUCUGGCUUAUUCCCACAUUCCAAAAACUGCCUUUGAGGUUAAUUGAAGGCUAGAUUUUCGUUCGGUCUAAAUAUGAGUGUGAAUGCUUGAUUGUCUACAUGUACCCUGCGAUCGGCUACCGACAUGCAGUCCAGGAGAACGUACUUGACACAUGGUGUUUGCCCAAAGUCGGCUGGGAUCGUGAGAGGUUAUCAGUAGGAAAAAUGGAAGGACACACGGUCACAACUUUGUUGUUUUGCUAAAAUUAUAGCAGGAAACAAAAUUCUGAUAUUUCUUAAGCUCUUUUUUUUUUCUUGUGAAACUUUGUCAUACACUACUUUGCAUAUCGUGUUAAAGGAAUUGAGCUUUGUGACGAUUCCUCUGGUCAAUAUGCCUUCAGUUAAGUGUUGUAUUCAUCUUGGGGAGAUGCUGGUACUCUAAGUAGCUGUUGAAGUGGAAGGGUUCGAUUUUAAAACCUCUCAUUUGACUAAAGGGACUUGCAGAAUGUCCUGAUGAAACAUGUUUAGUGGACCAACCAACUUCCAUGAUUUCUCGUGCACAACAAGCUCCCAAGUAUAGUGUGUACCCCCAAAAUUGACCCCAUCAAUAAUAAAACCUCUUAUAAAUAUGUUUAACAUGAAAAAUCAAUUUGUUGCUUUUCAUAAACUCAACACAUUAAGUAUUGUCCAUAUUUUUGUUGUUUAUUAAAAAUAAUAUUUUGCUUUGCGUUCAUGCACUAAAGUAAUUCUGUUGUUGUUUUUUUUAACCCAUUCCAAGAUGGGCCAUGUGCAAUGUAAAAAGCUUACCGUUGCUUAACAUCACAGAAUUGCAACCAAAAUGAAUUUGGACACUUGUAAUUAUGCUACCUUCCCCAGCUGAAAUAUAAGAACAAAAUCCCCAUCUGGGAGUGGGUCAGCGGGGUUGGUUUUUGGACAAUGAAUGGCCAAAAUGGAUGGGGCCAUCUCUACAUAUGUCCGCUUCGAUCUCUGACAACAUCAUAAAGCUAUCACAAAUGUUUUGUAUGCUAUGUAUUUUUUUUUUUUUUUUUUAGCAAUAACACGUUUGAGAAGGGGCCUUAUAAAUAAAUAAAAACAAAAUAAUAAAGUCUAGAUAUCGUGACUACAAGUCAUGUUACAAAGUCAACAUUGUAUUCUUAUUUUUUGGACACACUCAUUGGGGACAUGCAAUAAGUAACCAGUAGGAGAAGAUGCAAUCUUAUGUAGCAUUUUUCCUAUAAAUGUCAUUAAUGUCAAUAACUUGAUUAAAUAUGUUUUGCAAUGAUGAAAGUGAACAACUUCACAAUGUUUACACUUUGGAAUUUCUUUUACAAUACAAGGCAUUUCUUUAACUGUCAUUCCAGGUGCAAUAUGAACCACAGAGGUGUGUGGAGUAAAAAUGUAGCUUUGACUCAUCUGGUUAAGCAUUUGAUUUUGCACGAUCACAUGUAGUGGCAGCUGAUAUCAUUUGAAAUUGAAUUUGUAAAGCGGGGGUAAAAAAGAAAAAAAAAAGUCUAAUGCUAAAGCAGUCAGUAAUUAGAUAUUCUUGUCAGCAAUACAAAGUUAACUAUACGACUGUUUUUUUAUUGCAAAAAAAAAAAAAUGCAUGUGUGACUCAUGUUAUUGCAUUUUGUCAUCUACUUUGUUCAUUCAGAGGAAGAACUACUUUUAAUGAGGUAUUAUUCAAUCAUUACUCACCAUCCACAUCUCUCACCCACUUGGCCCCCUGCGCUAUGGGUAACAUCCUUCAUUAUGUCAGAGAAGUACAAAAUAAAAGAC